AUGACAAAAAUGUUUCUUUCUUCAAAGAAAAAGAAAUCAACAAUUGAAACUUCAGAUAAGAAGUAUGGAGAUGUAAAGUGUCUUAAUAAUAAUAAAAUAAAUAAUACUGGUGUUGAUAUUGAUCAACCGAUGAAAAAAAUAAAUCAUCAAAAUAGUUUUAAUAAUAUAGUUGAAAUUCAACAACAACAACAACAAUUACAACAACAACAACAACAACAACAACAACAACAACAACAACAACAAUAUCCAGGUUACUCAGUUGAUCAAUCAAUAGUUUUACAAAAUAAAAAUUUUAAUUCAAAAAGUCAGUUUGCUGGAGCAUCUGAAAUAUAUGGUAAUAAUAAUAUGGAUAAGUCACCACCUGUUGCCAAUAAACCAUUUGAACAAAAACAUCAUAGUUUAAAAAAAAUGUUUAAAAGAGUUUUAGAUUUCAAUAAAAAGAAAGAUGUUGACCCUAAAUUGGAUGAAUUUUUGAAAUUGGUCGAUUAUCAUAGAGAAUUUUUCAAGAGAAGUCCAGAAAUUGAUAGAUAUGUUAUGACAUUGGCAUUUAUAUAUAUUAAGAAAGCUUUUCCUAAUGAUACUUUAAUUUCAAAUGAAUUAUUUUUUUAUUCUUUAUAUUUAGCUUGGGAAACUGAAGAAGAUUCUACAUUGGGUUUAGAAAGUAUUAUUCAUUAUAUAAUUGGAAGUUAUCCGUCAUCAAAGAAUAAAGAUAAAAAUCAAAGAAAACAAGAAAUUAUUGAAUGGAGAAUGAGAUUAAGACAGUUCCAUACUGGAAAAGAUAUUUUAUGGAGAGCAUUAGAUUAUAAAACAGUUGUCGAUUUUCCACAUAUUCAAAAAACAAUUAAAGCUUUUCCAAAUCACGAUAUUUUAAAAAGAGAAAGAACUUCAACAACUUCAAUUAAAUUCUUUUAA